CUCCACGUCCUGGUUACACUUCUGGUAUGCUUUAUGGUCGAGCAGUUAGUUUACCACGACCAUUUAUCGGUAUAGAAAAUGGUGAUACUACACUGUUAGAUCAAAGUACAUUAUCUGGACAUAUUCCAGUUGCAAGUCCAAGUAUACGUGGAUCUUUAUCAACAACUCUACGAACAUAUCCAUCACGACAUAGUUAUCAUCCAGGUGGACAUUCAGAACAUUCAGGUGAAGCUAUCGAUGGACCAGAUCGUACAGUCACUAUAUCUGAAUCAUUGAAUACAAAUUUUGUUGAGAAUGGAUCACGUCCAAUUGGAUUUCAUGAUGGAUUAGGUUCUUUGACAACAUCAGGCUUGUCAAUGGAUCGUCUUAUCGGUGGUGAAUCCGGUGAUGAUGAUAUCACAAUUACUAGUCCUAAUAAUAUUGGGUAUUUUUUAAAAUCUAGAACAAUCACUGGUUUACCGAAUUCCGUGACAGGACUUCGACCAGUUGGUGGUGUUGGUGGUGGUGGCGGGGGGCUACCACCACACUAUCCUUAUCAUCAUCAACAUCAUCAAUAUAAAAGUAACACUGGUUCAGCGGUAGCAGCGAUAAGACGUGGACGUACUAGUACUCCUGCACCAGCUACUACUCAUACUGGUAGUACUAGUAAUAAUCAUGCAAUGGGUUAUUUAACUGAUUCCGACUUACUCGACAUAGAUGCUUAUCCAUCUGUACAAAGUUGGUUAAAACCUGUCGGUGCAUCAUUCUCUUCUUCAUCAUCAUCAAAAUAUGAAAAGUCUUUCAAAAUUUAUCCUUAUGAAAAAUUAAAGCUAUCAUCCAAUGAAUUAAUCAAAGGAGUGGAUCGAACAAAAUUAGAGUGUUAUUUAUCAACUGAUGAAUUCCAACGUAUCUUUCACAUGUGCCCUGAAGCUUUUCAACGUUUACCUGAAUGGAAACGUAAUGAUUUAAAAAAGAAAGUUGAUUUAUUAUGAAGCAGACUCGUCGUCGUUGUUGUUGGCUUUUUUCUUUGUGUGUGUUUCAACUUCCCUCUUCACACUGCCGCCACCACCUCCGCUCCUUUACACAGUGUAAAAUCACGAUGAUUAAGUUGUGUUUCGAGAAAAACUAAAUAAACAUUUUUUUAAUAAAAAAAUUUGGUUCACAAAAAAUCAUAAAUUUUUAUUAUUACUGUUUCAACUGACAAUAAUGAAAAAGAGUGAAUAUUCCUUGUUGUUGUAAUAUUGUAAUCAUGAGUGUAACAAUUUAUUUUUUCUGAUUUUGACCGUUUUGCACUUGAUUUUUUUCUUCACAUUUCUGAGUUCGAGUCCGUCAUCGUCAUCACAGGUGUUUUUUUUUUGAAAGUACCGAACUGGAUCACUCGCUGCCUGACAGACAGCGGGAUUGAGCGAGAAAAACUACAAUACAAUCAUAUAUAAAAUACUUUCAUUUCAAUUCGACUUUUAUUUCGUUAUUAUUAUUAUGAUGAUGAUUUUUGUGUUUUUUUGCCUAAAAAAAAAUAAGAUUAACCAAAAUUGUAUUGUUCGCUUUAUUUUUUCUGAAAAAAUAAUUUAACACAUCAAUCUUUUUUCUCUAUGAUGGUUAAUUUUGUUUUUCGCUUUUCAACCAACUAGUCUCAGCCAACAAGUUUUUUUCGCAUGUUUCAACAUUUCUCUUUUUUUUUCAUAUUUUUUACAAUUUUACUUCGAAUUAUUUUAGAUAAGGAUUAAAAUAAUCAGUUGUAAAUGUCCGUCAGCAUUACAUCUCGAUUGUGUCAAGAUAUAUAUGUGUGUGUGUGUUGAUUUACGAUUAAGUGAAUUAGAAUGUUGAGCAUUGAACAGUAGUAGCAGUGAUCACCUUCCUUAUGUGUUUAUAUAUAUCCAAGUGUGUGUGUGUGUGAGUGUGUGUACAGUUCAUAUCAUCGUUAAUAAACAUGUAUCUUUCAUCUUCUCUCUUGGUGCAUUAAAAAUAGGUUUUUAUUCAAUUGCUUGAUGUGCCUCUCUAUCUCUGUGUGUGUGUGCGUGUGUCGAACCAUGUUUGUUUUGUACUGACAAAAAUGGCAUCCAUGUUAGUUAGUUAUUGUUUGUUCUCAAUUAAUCUUUCUUCAAUUGACAUGUUUUUGUUUUCCUGAAAAUUUUGCGGGAAUAACCGACUUAUUGUUUAUUUGUUUACCAAAGAUAAAAAUCGCCAUUUUUUUUGGUUUGUUUAUUCUGUACAGACAGUAUUGAUCAUUGAAUAUGUUCAAUUAAAACAACACAUUUUACUGCAUAGGUGUGUGUGUGUACAUUCAAAUGGAAUUUGAUCACUGUUUUUUUUUGCCCCCUUAGAGAUUUUUGUCUGUGUUCUCAUUCGAUACUUUCUCUGUCAAAAUCACGAUGAUGAUGAAAUAUUAUUUUAUUGCUCAAAAUGUUUAUUUCAAUAUUCAAAGAGAUUGUGUGUACUGACUGCUGCUGUGGUUGUUGUGGUUGUUCUGGUUGUACAUUCAAAAGUGUACUCAUCAUGUCCCCACCAUUUUCGUAUGUUUGUUUAUAUAAUUGUCAUCAUAUCAUGUUCACACAAAAAUAUGGUCUAUUAUAGUAUUCAUUAUUCAUACAGUCUUUCUCUAAUAAAUAUCAUGUUUAUAUAAUUCUUUUUAUCUAUAACUUAACAGUUUAAAAAGAUGUAUCGUAUAGAAAAGAUUCAAAAAAUCUUAACUAAUUAAACGGAAAAGAACAUGUUUAAAAACGAAAGCGAAACUAAUUCUCAAUAGUUCUGUUUUAUAAUAUUUGAAUAGUUCAAUUUCAUCCAAUGUUGACAUUGUUUAAUUUUGUUGUUUUAUUUUUAAUUCUUCUGAUAUAUUUCGUUUGCUAUUUUCUUUUUGGCGCGCUUUUUCAUUUCAUUUUCAAUGUUUCAAUGCUCUAGCCUACUUAAUAAAUUAUUGAUAUUAUUUUUUUGGUUUGUUUAAAGCUAUUUUCAAUUAACCUGUACACACACACACACACAUGUAUCACAACCAGUCAUACACGUACACAGAAAUGCGCUUCCUUCGUACAAACUAUUCUUGAUCAAUUAUGUUACAUUGAUUGGAUGUUGUAUCUCUUUCUUUCUUUCUUUCUAGUCUAUUGACAGCAAAAAUCAUUUUGGCUAAUAAUAAUAAUAAUAAUAUAAACUCUACUUGCUGUGUAAUGAUGAAUGCUACAGAUGCAUUUUCUUUUAAUUGGCUCUUCUCUUGUAUUAAUAAUCUCUCUUUACUCUUUUCUUGAAAAUUAAAAAUAAGAAGAGACGCUUUGUCUUUUUUUAUUCUUUCCGCUUAAUUUGCGCGCUAAAACUCACUUUUUAUUUGUUUGUUUGUAAUGCUUAUUAUGAUUAUUAUUACUGUUGAUUUCAAUUGUCAAUAUAUAUAUACACACAUUAUUACUGAUAAUUCAUUGAAAUAGAGAGAAAUAUAAUUAUCACAAAUUUUUAAAAUAAAAUAAAAUAAAAAGACAUAAACGCAACCAAAGAAUAAUGAGAAAAGUGUUUUUCAUUUUUACCC